UAGCCACGAAUUAAUUUAGUUCUAUAAAUAUAUAAAUAAUAAUUGAAAUUUACCUAGUCGUAUAAAAAGAACCAAUACUACGCUAUACAUUGUGUGUCAGAUGUUGCAAGCAUUAAUUAAAACAGUCGUCAGAAAUGUGUCAUAUCUUUAUUGAAUAUUUAUUUAUUUGUAACUUGGAUGUGAAUAUGGGACAGAAACACAGAAAAAUGUGAAACGCCACACACUCAUCUAUACCCUCGCAAAUACGUCCUAUAUUUCUAGAAACCAGAUAUUGUACCAAGUAUUUUUAAAAGUAAUACAUAUCUAAAAUGGAUGUACAUAGACUAAGCCAUAACACGAGUGCAAAAUUAAAUGAUGCAUCUGUUUCUGAAGAUGGAUUUAUACGGUAUCUAAAGGGCGAAUUCGCUGCCAUGGAUACAGCAAAGCAUGGAACGUUGUCACUUCUUCAGUUUGAGAAAUUAUUGACCUUCCUAGGCUAUGACGGAGAAAUGAAACCAGAGACAAUAUUUGAAAAAGGAAACGUUGACUUGAAAGAAGGUAUAACAGUUGAAGAAUACUGUAAAAUAAUGAGCAAGUUCCCGGAUGUUAAAAUUAGAACAAACAGACUGCGAGCACUGUUCUUGAAGUUUGACCAUAGUAACGACGGUUUCGCGCCAAAAAAAGACGUUGUUGAAGAAAUUCGUAAGAUGGGUGUAGAAAUUGACAAAGAAAUACUCACCAAAGUAGACAAUAUGGACGUUAAUAGAGACGGAAAGAUUUCAUACCAAGAAUAUAUGUAUACUAGUUUAAAGGAGAAACAAUAUAUUUGAUAUGUUUUCAUAAAGGAGUGAAUUAUUUAUUUAUAUAUAUAUAUAUAUCAUACAAAUACAAGGACAUCAACGUUUUGUACAUUAAAGUAGCUUCACACUGCAUAUUCACUUUUUUACAUGUAUCUGAAAAAGAUACAAUUAUUCUACUUUUCAUUGAUUCUGUUUUUAAAAAUCA